AGGUUUUUUGACCUAAACAUAUCGUAGGAAAGCCUUUGUCAUUCUCUGUGCCAUGGCAUUGAGGGCACUGAGGUUUGCUCUUUGUGUGGGUGUUUCAGCCAGUGCCACUUGCCUGGAUGGCGGAAUUCCCUUUGGUGAGCGCAAGAAGCUGGAGAAUGCCAAUGGGGAGUCGUAUCCCAUAGGGAUAUGGAUUCCUGAUUGGGCUGCCUCUUAUGCAGCCAAUAUUUUGGUCGCCACCAUCGUGGAGGAGGUCUUUGGCUUCCACACCUUGGAAGGGGCAGGUUCGGGCACGGUGAGCGGCUUUUAUGCCAUCAGCGGAUGUCGCCGUCCCAACGAGAUCGGUGAUCUCAACGCCCGCGGGUGCACCGACGAGGUCAGCAAGUAUCACAUCGGAAUGGAAACCUGGACGAAGAGCUAUCCAUUGGUUUGGGAGCAGCUUCAAACGGAGCGCGGCAGCAUGGCGGCCAGGAAUUUGGGCAACAUGGGCUACGAAGGAGUCACAGGUGGCUUCAUUCCAAAGCCAGUUCAACAAGAAGCUUACGUGAAAGAAGGCAUCGCUCUACAAUACUUCCGCUUCUGGAACGCCUCCUGGUAUGCUCCGUCUCAAUACUUUGAUCCGAUCUCCAUGAUCAAUGCCACAGACAUGCUGAAGCCAUGUUCCUCCACUGCCUCCAUCUUCACGGAGGAUGGCACGAUGAAGUCCUAUGUGGAGUUAUCAGGCGAUGUGGAUGGAGUUGUGAUCGCAGAUGAUGGCACUUAUUCCGGAAAAUGUGCCGAUGGCUAUUGGUGGAUGAGCCCAUCGUGCCGUCACAAUGCAUCACUUUGCGUUCCGUUUGUCACCGGCGGUGUUGGCUGGGAUGCCAAGCAAUACAUGCAGAAAUCGGCCAAGUGGAACAUGCCCGUGGCCUUGGGUGUGGCAGCUUCGUGGGGCAAAUACACCAGCUAUCCACACACGCAUCCGAAAUCGUACUUCUACUGGUGGAUUCCGGAUCCAACCUUCUUGGAGCUGCAACCUCUUCAAGUGAUCUAUCCUCCUCACGACCGAAUAGCCUACAGCCAAGGCGAUCAAAGCUCCGCUGCCAGCGCCAUCUCCAUUGACAAGCUGGUCAGUAGAGACUUGAGCAUUUUGGCACCGAAUGUGGAGAGUUUUGUGAAGAACGUCAUGGUGAGCAUAGAGCAGAUGAAUGAUAUGCUGUUGGAUCAAAAGAAUACCAGCGACACUUGGAGGAACACCACUUGCCGCUGGCUGCGAUCCCAUGCGGACGUGUGGCGCUCGUGGAUCCCAGAUGAGAGUCAAUGCUUUCCGGGCUUUGGGCUCUACGACACCGUCUUGGAAACCUUUACGGACCAUCGGGUGAAUGUCAGUAACAAGAUCAGCUGCCAGGCGUGUCCAUCCGGCACCUUCUCUCAGCCCUUGACAGAUUCCACUGGGGACACCUACAUUUGCGUGCAUUGUCCAAAAGGCACCAGUCAGGCCUUGGGAGCAGCACAGCUUUGCAGGCCAUGCAAGUCAGGUGAGUAUCAGGACGAGGUCGGUAGCAGGACAUGCAAACGCUGCGCCAUUGGCAGCUACCAGGACGAGCAAGGUGCAGAAGUAUGCAAGGCUUGUCCAGAGACCACCACCACCUUGGGUUUGGGCUCUGUGGGCGCCAGCGACUGUGGGUGCCCUGCCGAUCACAUCGAUGUGGACGAGUCAGGUGGUGUGCAAUGUCAGGCAUGCAGCGAAGGUCUCACGUGCCCGAUCCUUUCCAACCUGGCGACUUG